CGCUCCACGUUCCUUUUUAGUGAUGUUUCAAUACCUUACCUUACCUUAGCUUGCCUUACCUCAAGUAAGGUUUACCUUAGGUAAGGUUAGACUUUUGUAUUGUACCUAAACUCCAAACUUAUAACAUAGUACGUUGAACUAUUAUUCAACUCUUCUUCUGUAGUUUUUUACAAGUUCGAUUCCGGACAUUUGGGCUUGAUAAACCAUUCUUGAUUUAAUAUCAUUCGCUAUUCGCUAUUCGCUAUAAAAUCAUACGAAAGGAGGUUAUAUACUACAGCUAUUAACCUACCUUAACCUAAACCAACCCCCUUAUGGCUGCCAAUGUCGAUCGCCAUGGCGCCGCCUUAUAGCAACGGCUACGGCUACAGCCACGGUCACGGCCACGGCUACCCCUACCCGUCGUCUUCUCUACCUACGUCCUCCUCGUACGAUUACGGUUACGGGAGUAAUAACGAACCGCAAUCCAUCUGCGACGAGAUAAGCGCUUGCGUCGGAGUGAUGCUGGGGCAGUUAUGGGGUUACUUAAACGGACGGGGUCGACAAGUCGCCUGGGGCUGGGCUACGAAGGCAGCGCACCAGAUCAAGAGGAACAUGACGCGACGGCGUCUCCUGAGCUUCCCGCAUCUGCUCGUCGGUCUUUGGGUGCUCGUUAUGCUGUGGGGGGAACGCUGGGUGUUCGCGAGUCGGAUACGAAGUUGCGACUGGGACCAUUGGGAGGACUGGCCAGCUGGAGCAACGCCGCAUCGCUUAAUAUUCAUCGCCGACCCCCAGAUUAUCGACCCUCACUCGUACCCCGGUCGCCCGUGGCCCCUCAACCCCCUCACCAUGACCAUUACCGAUAACUACAUGCGGCGAUCGUAUAUACAGCUACAAAAGCAAUUACAUCCCGACACCGUCUUCUUUCUCGGCGACCUUUUCGACGGCGGGAGAGAGUGGAAGACGGCGAAUGGGAACUUCGAAGACCCGGAGUGGGCAAAGGACCACCGCCCGGCAGAAGAGCGGAAGCACUUGAAGGAGUGGCAUAGGAAAUACGGCGACAAUUACUGGCUGCGAGAGUACGCCAGGUUCGGCAACAUAUUCUACGACAACUGGAACUUGGGAGGUGUCUCCCCCGGCCCGGGACAGCGGGGGCGAAAACUCAUCUCGAGUUUACCGGGGAAUCACGAUUUAGGGUUCGGCGCUGAGGUAAAGGUUCCAGCGAGGCAUCGGUUUUCUGCUUAUUUUGGAGAGACGAACAGGGUUGAUGUCAUCGGAAAUCAUACUUUUGUGUCCGUCGAUACUGUGUCCCUGAGCGCCGGCACCUCGAGCAUGAGAGGUCAGGUCGAUCUGCAGCCUAUCUACGGCCCUGUCCAGCAGUUUUUGAAGGAAGUUCAGGUGACGAAGCGUAGAGCUGUUCAGAAGGAGGUGCGGUUCUGGAGGGGUGAGGUGGAGGAGGUUACUUUCGAGCAGAAAGUCGAGGAUCUUGAGACGGCAGACUUCAGCAAACUACCCACCAUCGAUCCGGGAGAGGGCGCACCCGAUUUACCGACCGUCCUCUUAACUCACGUACCUCUGUACCGACCUCCGGGGACCCCCUGUGGCCCGAUGAGAGAGCACUGGCCUCCGGCGAAGCCGCCCAAGGGACAAACGGGGCCGGUAAUCCCAGAUCACAGAAAUGCCAUCAGCGUUUCGGGCGGAUACCAAUACCAGAACGUGCUGGAUCCGGAAGAUUCCCAAAAGCUUAUCAAGAACAUCGGCAACGUGAUACACGCCUUCUCCGGAGACGACCACGACUACUGCGAGGUGGUGCACUCGGCGGAGCAAGGGAACGUGCGCGAGAUCACGGUCAAGAGCUUCAGCAUGGCCAUGGGGGUGCCGACCCCCGGCUUCCAGAUGGUAUCUAUGUACAACCCGAUCGACGAGAACGGAAACACCCUCCCCGGGUCCCCCAAGACUACCCUGCAGACCCACCUCUGCCUGCUCCCGCAGCAGCUCUCGACGUUCGUCACGUACGCCGUCCUCGGCGCCGUCACCGUGCUGGUGCUCGUCGCGCGCGCCUUCCUCCUCCCCGUCUUCAACUUGCAGCCUUUCGCCCUCGAGCCCGUCCACCAGCGGUACGCUUCCUCCGCGCUGCUACUCCCAAUCUUCAAACCUAAGACCGAAGGCGACGACCGCUCCGCCUACGACGCCAAGCCGACCUCGUCUGGAACUUCCUCGUCCAAGUUCCCUUCGGCGCGCGUCUCGUCGACGACGCGGCCGCGCGGCCAGUCCAUUAACAACAACGGCGGCGCACAAGCGAGCUCGGGGAAAUGGGGUUGGGGCCAGAACAACAACAGCAGCAGCAACAACAAUAGGGGUCCUCGAAUAGAAAUUCGGAAGGACUCGUAUUACGACGACAUUAACAAUAACAAUAAUAACCACAGCUACAGCUACAGCUAUAGCGAUUACAGCAACAAGGAAGGGGGGCGCGGCGACGCGUGGAAGCCCGCGUCCAGGGCCAGGUCCUGGUCGAGGUACACUACCCUGAGCGUCGUGGGCAGGGAGAUAUGGACGACGACGUGGCGCGUCGCGUGGAUGGUUCUGGGGUUUUUCGCGUGGAUUACGUAUCAAGGGUAAGGCUAAGGGUAAGGGUAGGGUAGAAGAGUUAAGUAAGGGAGGCAGGGAGGGGGACCGGUAUGGAAUUAUGUAUGCCCUUAGGCACUAUGUGUGCGUACCAAGGUAGUAAACUGCGACGCUUUAAAUAGGUUAUAGGUAACUUGUAUAACCCCCCUCCUUUUUUUCUUCUUCUUUUCUCUAUGUGUCUAGGUUUUACGUUUGUCCUAUCCUAUGUUUCCUUUUCUUUUCUUUUUUUACGGAAGAGAGAAGAUAUAAAAGGGGUAAGUAAAAAAGGGGGGAGAUACGUAAAAUGGCUACUCGAAAUCGUUCUCUCUACACGGAUUAGCGAUUAGCAAUGCUGGGGAUAGAACACUAAGGAAAGAUGAUUAAGGAUAUGUAUUAUCUACCGUGGGUAUAAGGGACCUUAUAUAUAUAUAUAUAUAUCUCCCGAACGGUAAUAAUUACACAAGUCAGAUUCCACUUAGCUACCUACCUAAGGUGUCUACAGACCUACAAUCGCAACCCAAGACACGGGAAAUCAUACAAGGAUCCAACUUGCACACUACAAGAACUUCGUAAACAAUCACCGAGUAGAUAGGACAAAAC